UAGACCACUGAUGCUCACUCAGCCAGCUAUGAUCAGCCUCACCUAACCAGGUAUAACAUAUUAUUGGCUGUGGCUUCCCCUCUGCAGCCAUUCAUCUAUUUGGUGGCUGAAUAUAAAACAGCAAGGGUGUCUGAAUUAUAAGUUGCUGCAAGAAAAAUGAAAUGAUCACAUACUCAAACCCUGCCCCCAACUCUGAAAACUUCUUGCUUUGUGUUCAUCAAUAAUGAAUGGCCCAUCCCUGCAAUACUCAGAGGGAGCUUACAUUGCACUUUUGAACAGCCAGCUAGUAAUGUACAGUGGAUAGAGCCUUUCUUUCAAAUCCCAGGGCACAGGUCCUUCAAGGCUAGCAUUGCAUUUUCAAUUAGCUAUUGAGUGAAUGUUUGGCAUGUGUAUUAGUGAAGAGGCACACAAUUAGUUUAUUAUUCUUUUCUGUAUUGUGCUGAGAAGAUCUGAGGGAUUGGUGAGGGAGCAGUCAAGCCAGACAUCACUGUGGAUGUUGAAGAGAGAGUUACUCAGACCACGGCAUCUUCACUUGCUCACUCUGGAUUACAGCUAUUUAUGCACUCUGUGUGGCUGGGUGGAGUGCGCCUGAGGAAACACAUCCGAGACACCACUUGGGGUUAGUCUUUCUGAGCCCUUCAAGUCUCUAACUACUUCUCGUCAUUACCAUGGAGCCCAACAGUCCCAAAAAGAUACAGUUUGCUGUGCCUUUAUUCCAGAGUCAGAUAGCGCCCGAGGCAGCAGAGCAGAUCAGGAAAAGAAGACCUACACCGGCAUCACUGGUGAUUCUCAACGAACACAACCCCCCAGAAAUAGAUGACAAGAGGAUGACCAACACACAAGCAGAAUCACAGAAUGCAUCCCCUAAGCAAAGGAAGCAGAGCGUGUACACACCACCCACCAUGAAAGGGGUUAAACACCUGAAAGGCCAGAGUAAAUCAGCAUUCCCCGAAGAAGAAGAAGGCGUCAAUGAAAGAGAAGAGCAAUGGGACCAUUAAUUAGGGGUCUGCACAAGAAGACUCCCUGGGAAUAACUGAACUAUUCACUUUUCUGAACAACCCAUGGAAAGCCAUUGCUUGACUUCCAGAAGCAUUCUCCACCUCUGCCCUCUACACUCAUACACUUGUAGUACACCUCCUUGGAAGCCCUCGUUGAUUGGACCUUAGAACUAAGUACAGGUUGUUCCAUAUCAUUUACAAGUCAAAAACAAGCAUUUAUUUUAGAGUGAUUUUUCUUUUUAAUGACAUUGACAUUUGCAAAUGUGUGAGUGUUCUAACUUUAUUAUUGCUGAGCUUAAUCCCUGAUGUUCUACUGAUAUAGUUUGCCUUCUAAGGUCAAAUGUAAAUAGCAUCAAUUUAAGAGUAAAAAAUAAAUAUUAAAUACAUUUAGACAUGAAUAUGUGUCUGGGCUUAACUUACAGAGUAAUAUUUAAUAAAUAUUAAAAUUUAAUACUUUUUGUUAACUUUUAAGUUAUGAUCUAUACAUGGUAUUUAUUUCAAAAUAAUGAAUAAAUGCCAGAUUUCUUGAUUGAAAGACCACAAUAUAUUAGUGUUUAGACUAGAUAUUAUAAAAGAAAAAUGCUAAAUGUAAAAUAAAAUAUGCAAAGUCUCCCUUGCCACACUUUUUGUUAUUAUUUGAAAUAUGAGCUAUUUCCUACUGCAUUUUAGUGAGUCAUUAGCAUUUGAUAAAUCUUCUAUUGUCAUAAAAUAA